AUGUCCAGUCCACAUCGAGUGAGCAGCGGCGUUAUCCAGGGAUCGGUAGUUGGCCCAGUGCUUUUUACAUCAUAUUUGUUUGAUCUAGGUGGACUUAUAAAGAUGGACACAAGUCUGUUUGCAGACGACUGCAAAAUAUAUGCUAAUCCUCUAACCAGCGCAGCGCUGCUCCAGGCAGUCCUGCAAAAUGUUGAGAUGUGGUCAAGGCAAUGGGGUAUGAAACUAAACACAUCCAAAUGCACAGUGUUGAGGAUCGGUCCAGAUAAUCCUGAUAAUGAAUAUUUUCUGGAUGGAUGUGCCUUAAAAUCAGUUAACGAACAAAAUGAUCUAGGAGUCCUAAUAACAUCAGACCUAAAAUGGGAACGUCAUAUAACCAGAAUUUGUUAA